AAGAUGUGUCUUCCCCCUCCUCUGCUUCUUGGUACUUCCUCUCUGGCCAACGUAGCUGACAGCACCCAGACCUGGGGCCAGGACCCUGGAACUGGGACAGAUCUGGUAAUAGGCUACGCCACUCUGCCCCGGCCUUGGGAUUGGCACCAGCUUCCAACCAGUACGCGGCAAAGUCUGUAAGUCCUUGCAGUGGCCCCGGACGCUACAUCUUCUGCAGCACCUCCUCACUAGGUGUCAUGUUCAUCGCUCUGCUGACGAUCAUCCUCCUGUCAGUGGCACUGGUUGUGGGGCUUCCAGGCAACAGCUUUGUGGUGUGGAGCAUCCUGGUAAAGAUGCAGAAGCGCUCUGUCACUGCCUUGUUGGUGCUGAACUUGGCCCUGGCCGACUUGGCUGUAUUGCUUACUGCCCCCUUUUUCCUCCACAACGUGGCCCAACGCACCUGGGUGUUCGGACUGGCUGGUUGCCGCCUGUUUCACUAUGUCUGCGGAGUCAGCAUGUACGCCAGCGUCCUGCUGAUCACGACCAUGAGUCUGGACCGCUCGCUGGCGGUGGCCCUCCCCUUUGUGUCCCAGAAGGUUCGUACCAAGGCCGUUGCCUGGUGGGUGCUGGCAGGCAUCUGGGUGAUGUCCCUUCUGCUGGCCACGCCCGUCGUCGUGUACCGCACGGUGACCUUGGCACCGAACAACUGGAGCCUGGUGUGCUUCCUGAAGUACCCCAGCGAACGACUCAACGCCUUCCAUCUACUCUUCGAGGCCCUCACCGGCUUCCUGCUGCCCUUCCUGGUGGUGGUGGCCAGCUACUCCGACAUCGGCCGCAGGCUGCAGGCCCGGCGCUUCCGCCGCAGCCGCCGCACGGGCCGCCUGGUGGCGCUCAUCAUCCUGACCUUCGCCGCCUUCUGGCUGCCCUACCACGUGGUGAACUUGGCCGAGGCGGGACGGUUGCUGGCCGGCGGAGAGGCGGGGCCGUUGCGGAACCGGCUGCUCCUGGCGCGCUACGUGUUCAUCGCGCUGGCCUUCCUGAGCAGUAGCGUGAACCCCGUGCUGUACGCGUGCGCCGGCGGUGGCCUGCUGCGCUCGGCCGGCGUGGGCUUCGUCGCCAAGCUGCUGGAGGCCACCGGCUCCGAGGCGUCCAGCACCCGCCGCGGGGGCACCCUGGCCCAGACGGUGAGGGGCGCCCCCGCCACUCCCGAGAAUGGCACCACCGAGAACCUCACCGUCUCCAACCCUCUCCAGUGAAGCGAACUGAACUAGGUCUGGGUGGUGGUGGUGGUGGUGGUGCUGCCGCUGUUGGUGGAAGGUCGGCUUUCCUCCUGGCGGAAUGCCCCCACGUUGGCCUGGCCCAGUGCUGUACCCCUAGGAGGAGAACGCCAGUGGGGUGGAGCAGAAGAGGAGGGAGGGGCGGGGCAGGUAAGGGCCCAGUGAAAGCCUGGGGCAGCUUUGCUAUUAAAACUGAAGCCUCAAAUUGGGUCAA